GCUGGGAGCCUGGGAUCAACCACUAUCUCCCACCUCGCAUAUCAAAGAACACGCCGUCUAGUAUUCGUUUCUCUCUCUCUCUCUCUCUCUCUCUCACAGAUGGAAGACAAUCAAACUACGUCCUUUACCAUUUCCGUCAACCUGUACGGUGACUCUUCAGCCACGGCCCGAGAACUUCCGGAGCCGGACAUCCACAUCAUCACCUCCGGCGCACUGCGCAUCCCGGCGCACGCUAGCGUCCUGGCUUUGGUGUCGCCGGUAUUGGAGAAUAUAAUAGACCGGCCACGUAAGCACCGGAGCUCCGAGAAAGUCAUUUCGAUACUUGGCGUUCCUUGCGACGCUGUCGUCGCGUUCGUUCGGUUCCUCUACUCCUCCAGGUCCACCGAGGAGGAGAUGGAGAGGUUCGGGAUUCAUCUACUGGCGCUGUCUCACGUAUACGCGGUCCCACAACUGAAGCAGAGGUGCACGAAGGCUUUGGGUGAACGGCUGACGAUCGGGAAUGUGGUGGAUGUGCUUCAGCUGGCGAGGAUGUGUGACGCACCGGAUCUCUACCUCAAGUGCUUGAAAUUGGUCGCCGGCCAUUUCAAGGCUGUGGAGAAGACUGAAGGGUGGAAGUUCUUGCAAGACUACGACCCUUGGCUUGAGCUACAGAUCUUUCAAUUCAUGGAUGAAGCUGAAUCGAGGAAAAAGAGAUCAAGAAGGCACAAGGAAGAGCAGAGGCUGUAUCUACAGCUAAGCGAGGCAAUGGAGUGUUUGGAGCACAUAUGUACUGAAGGGUGUACAAGUGUUGGGCCGCAUGACACUGAACCCAACAAGAAGAAGGGCCCCUGUAGCAAAUUCUCCACGUGUCAAGGUCUCCAGCUCUUGAUUCGGCACUUUGGUACGUGUAAGAAGAGAGUAAACGGAGGCUGCUUGAGGUGUAAGCGGAUGUGGCAGCUUCUGAGAUUGCACUCCUCAAUCUGUGACCAAUCUGAUUCUUGCAGAGUUCCUCUUUGCAGGCAAUUCAAGUUGAGAAUGCAGCUGGACAAAAAUAAAAAUGACGCAAGGUGGAAAUUACUGGUGAGGAAGGUGGUGUCAGCCAAAGCCAUAUCUUCCCUGUCGUUGCCCAAGAGGAAAAGGGAGGAACUACAAUUUCAAGAGACCCACAAUCAUGGGAUUAGAAGCUUCAGAUUAUAAUUUGUACAAGAUUAGGGCUAUUAUAAGUAUCCUUGUCUCUUAUUUCAUUUAUUGUGGUAGAUUUUGUGUCAUACUCGUAAAAUGAAGGAGGUGCACCCGUUUUAUGGUGCCUGUCCUGAAUAUAUAUGAAGCAUAGUUUUGUGUCGGUAUGUAUACCAAUAAGAGGUGGUAGGUGGAGUGGUUUCUUGUAAUUUAAAAUCUCUUCAUUAAUGCCAAUGGAAGUGAAGUGCCUCAUACUUUUUGCAUCU